CGCUGGAGAGAGACGCAGAUACCUCAGCCAAAAUCACAGUCCAGUCACACGCAAAGAGCAGUUAAUUUCUCCUUUUAUUAGUUUUAACCGCUUAAGUUAAAGAGAACGUAUUCAGGCAACAGCGGACAGGGUUUUAUUCAACUUCAAGCAUGGCUUUGGAUAAUAACGAUUCUUGAAGUGUCAAACUGCGCCUCAGACCUUCAGAAAACACCGACUGACAAGAUCCACAGCAGCAGAGCUUUCGUCUCCCAUCAUGAAGACUGCAGGAGAGCCAGACAACCAAAGGAGCAGGCGCCAGAAUCUUCCCCAGGACGGGAUGCCGUGCUGGGCCAAGAGGGUCACGAUGAAGCGGUUCGUCUGUGUGCUGGUGGUGCUCUUCGUCUCUUUGCCGAAGGUGAACUGCAGGAAGGAGAGUGUGCCAAGAGUUAAACUCAACUACAAAGAGCUGAUCCAGUCUCGAAGCGUGGUGCCGUUUGUGGGUUCCAGUGAAGGACAGCAGUUUCUCACAGUUCUGUUGGAUCAGGAAAGAAGCAGAUUACUACUUGGAGCCAAAGACCACAUCUACUUACUGGACCCUGACAACAUCAAUAAACACCCCAAAAAGCUAAACUGGCCAGCUUCGAGAGACAGGGUGGAUAUGUGUAUACUGGCUGGCAAAAACCCUCAUACCGAGUGUGCCAAUUUCAUUCGAGUUUUACACAACUAUAAUCGGACCCAUGUCUACGCCUGUGGCACUGGAGCCUUCCAUCCCAUCUGUGCUUUUUUGGAGGUCAAAGGUCACAAAGAGGACAGCUGGCUGCACCUCCACAGUAACAGUGUUGAAUCUGGCAGACUGAAAUGUCCUUUUGAUCCACGGCAACCUUUCGCCUCGGUUCUGACAGAUCAGUAUCUGUACGCUGGCACGGCGUCUGAUUUCCUGGGGAAGGACAGCAUGUUUAGCCGCUCUCUCGGCCCGCCCCCUGACCAGCAGUACAUCCGAACGGACAUCUCUGAGGACUACUGGAUCAACAAGGCCAAGUUUAUUUCCGCCCAUCCCAUCGCGGACACCUACAACCCUGAUGAUGACAAGAUUUACUUCUUCUUCCACGAGGCAUCCCGUGAUGGGACCACUACGGAUAAGAGCGUGCUGUCUCGUGUCGCCCGGAUCUGCAAGAAUGAUGUAGGGGGUUUGAGAAGUCUCACCAACAAGUGGACGACGUUCCUCAAAGCAAGACUUGUGUGUUCCAUUCCUGGACCGGACGGAGUAGACACGCACUUUGAUGAGCUACAGGACAUCUUUCUGCUUCCUAGUAGAGAUGAGAGAAAUCCAGUAGUGUACGGCGUGUUCACCACCACAAGCUCUAUUUUUAAAGGAUCGGCCGUGUGUGUCUACGACAUGGACGACAUCCGUGCAGCGUUUAAUGGGCCAUAUGCUCACAAAGAAGGACCAGAUCAUCGCUGGGUGGAGUAUGAAGACAGAAUCCCCUACCCACGACCGGGCACUUGCCCAAGUCGGACGUAUGAUCCUCAUAUUAAAACGACUAAAGACUUUCCAGACGAAGUCAUCAGUUUUAUACGAGUGCAUCCGCUCAUGUACCGCUCCGUGUACCCAAUGACGGGACGACCCAUUUUUACUCGUAUCAACACAGAGUACCGGCUCACUCAGAUUGUGGUGGACCGUGUGGCAGCUGAGGACGGACAGUAUGCUGUUAUGUUUUUGGGCACAGAUACGGGUUACGUUUUGAAGGUUGUCAGCAUUACUCAGGAAAACUGGUCCACAGAAGAGAUCAUCUUAGAGGAGCUUCAGGUGUUCAAGAACCCCUCUCCCAUUCUUAACAUGAAAAUCUCCUCAAAGCAGCAGCAGCUGUUUGUUGGAGGAAGCGACGGGUUGGUGCAGGUGGCCCUGCACAGGUGCCAUAUUUAUGGGCAGGGCUGUGCAGAAUGCUGUCUGGCGAGGGACCCGUAUUGCGCCUGGGACGGCACCCAGUGUUCCAGAUACAUACCAGCCUCUAAGAGGAGGGCCAGAAGGCAGGACAUCAAACAUGGAGACCCGUCCAGCCAUUGUUGGGAUACAGAUGAUGUGAGGAAUAUCGAAGAGAAGGUGUUGUACGGAGUGGAGAGUAACUCGUCUUUUCUUGAGUGUGUCUCUAAAUCCCAGCAGGCCCAGAUCCGAUGGUUCAUCCUUAAGCCAGGAGCUGACCACCGGCAAGAGAUCAAACCAGAUGACCGUGUGGUCGUAACAGAGCGGGGUUUGCUGAUUCGUUGGCUCCAGCGUAGUGACGCCGGUUCGUAUUUCUGCACCUCUCAGGAACACAGCUUCACCCGUACCCUCCUACACCUCUCUCUUCAUGUCUUGGAAAGAGGACAAAUCCACGGACACCCAACUGUUUCACAAGCAUUGUCAGAAAACCCCAUCGCGACGGAGAUUACGGCGGCGGAACCUCGCCAACGCUACAAGGAUUACUUGCGCUUGCUGAGCGGUCCUGCGCGCUCUCUGGACGAGUACUGUGAAACGCUCUGGCACAGAGAGAAGAAGCAAAAACAGAAGGGCAAAUGGAAACACGUCCAAGAGUUCCGCAAAAGUAGGAAUCGACGUCACCAUUAGGGGUGCCAAUGAUGACUGUUGGAUUUGGUCGUGAAGUUAAAAAGUACCAAUGCCCUCGUUAGCACUGGCAGAGGAUUAGCUCAAUUGUAAACCAAAUGCAAGAAGAGACAUUCAUCUUCUCCUUCAGUGCACCUAAAGCGAUCCACUGAUUCUUUACCAAUGUUAAAAGGAAUAUUUCAGGUUCAAGUUAAGCUCAAUCAACAGCAUUUGUGGCAUAAUGUUGAUUAACACAAAACAUAUUUAGACUUGUUGCUCCUUUAUCAUUUUCUGAAAGCAUGUACAUUAAUUGUUCAGUUAAAACUUGUGCAUUAUUUGAGCUUUAUAACAUGAGUCUGUUGAAUGCUUGAUUCUGAUUGGCUGAUGGACGUUUUAAGGUGUGCAAUCAUUUUUCAAGUAAACGCACGGCUAUAAAGUAGUUCCAGUGUGACCGCAUAACAGUUCCACAUCACUUCACCAAAUUAUUUCAGUUAUUUCAAAGAGCCCGACAGCCGACCACAACAAAAUAACAAAAUAAGACAUUGGUUAAGAACGUCAAAACAAUGUCUAAAAUAUCCAACAUAUAUUUCAAUUUCGUUUAAAAAGAUGCCCUGAUGCUCCCUUGUCUCCCCUGCACUUACACACACACACACACACACACACACACAGCAUACUGAGACUCAAGUCGCAACCGAAAAAUAGAGCUACACAACCGCGACUUGAUCAAUAAAUAAUUUCUAUUAUCCAAAAUAACUUAUAAUGUUUCAAUAUAUUUCGCCCUAAUCAGCCUCGCAUAGCUGUACAGUUAAACACCAUGCUACCCCUCCCGCCCCCCCCCCGUUUCGCUCUCACACACACACACACACAGAGAGAGAGAGAGAAAAGCAGCACAAGCCUCUGUUGCUGGUUCUAACAUGACGUUUUUGAAAUAGCAAUGAAGACUUACAUUUAAGCUUUUAUCCAAAGUGACUUACAGUGCACUUAUUACAGGGACAAUCCCCCCGGAGCAACCUGGAGUUAAGUGCCUUACUCAAGGACACAAUGGUGGUGGCCGUGGGGAUCGAACCAGCAACCUCCUGAUUACCAGUUAUGUGCUUUAGCCCACUACACCACCACCACUUGAGCUGUAUUAAAUCAAGAUACACUUGAUCAAUACAACAGUUUCUAUAUUACCUGAAAUAUCUGUGUGUAAAACCCUCACGCCCCCCCCCCUCUCUCUCUCUCUCUCUGUCUCCCUCUCACACACACACAUUAAACGUGUAACGCACACAUUUAAGGCCCAGACUCGUGAGUGAAAAACAUGUCGUAAUGUUUUGCAUAUCAGUGGGGAUUUGUUAAGAUUUCUAAAAGCGCAAUAUGGUGGCACGCAUCUUGCCGAUUUUGAAGCGAUGUUACUUCUGACACAAAAUGCUCCCAGAAAUCCCAGAAGUAAUCUCUCUCAUUUUCUGCGUUUCUCUCUUCGAUCCAUCAAGUGUGAACUCUCACACACACGCACAAACACACUAACUUGUUCCUCCAGUGAGUCCUCAAGUAAAGCAACGCAAGCAUCCGUUGCUAGUUCUUACGUGACGUAGCAACGAAGGCUCCGACUGUAUUAAAACAAGACGCUGAAUAUGUGGCGGAAGAAAGUAGUUACACUCACUAGAGCGUUUUAGGGAUGAAAAUCAGAAAAUGUUUUGAGAUAAAACUCUAAAUGAUGUUUUAAGGUGUGGUAACCGUGGUAACCGCGGAAUGAUUGACUCCGGCCCGUGGAAUUGUUUAAAAAUAAUGCACACCUGAGGUGGUAUUUAAAUUGUUUAAACUGUCAUUUUUAAAGUCAUUUUAGGGUUUACAAAUGUAGUUCUAAAUUGGAACACUGGAAAGGUUAGUAAGUGAAUUUAUCACACUAAAGUCAUGUUUACAUGCAUAUUGUUUACGUCUUGUGGCUAUACCUUUGAAACAGUGUACGGAUUGUCCCAUUGACUUCCAUUGUAAGUGUCUCACUGUAACACAGAUUUGUGAGAGACUAGUCUAAAUAUUGUUUUGUGGUAAUCAACAUUAUGCCACUAUUGUAGCCUAAAAUAACCCUUGUGACCACCAGUCAUCUUGACUGCUCUUUAAUAUAAGCGUAUGGAAUAGGGAAGAUCGGGGCUAGUUGACACACUUUUUAUUUCUGUGAAUAUUUCUCAAUGUAUGUUUAUAAUUGAGAGUCAGUUUCUGUAUAGACACGUAACUCGAAGUCUUGGCUACAAAAAAGCCACUGAACAUUUUCAUCGUUAUUACCCAAGAUAUAGUUGAACACAAAUGGACCUUUUGUGAAAACUUGCCCCAAUGUGACACACACAUUGGUGUACAGUGGUGUAGGUUUCAUGUGAACAUUACGGGGGGUACACAUCCACUCGUCACCACCACCGGCUUUCUUUAAAUCUACACAUGCAUUCAACUUUUUCAGCUAAAUUUAAAUAGUUAAACAAUUAUGAAGCACCAAACAAUUUAUGACACAACAACAACACCAAAAAAAGGUAACACACAAAAAUAUCAAACAAUUGUUUUAGCCCAAAAAUAUUUUAAAUAAUGCAUUUGGGACAUUUAAAACACCCUGACUGUCAUAAAAUAUACCUUUCUCCAAAUAACACAUUUUAGACUUUCAUUAAAGGUCUGCCUCUUACUGAAUGUAUGCAAGUGUGGUUUAGUGUGUGUGCGCAUUUACAAAAAGUGUUCAAAUUUAAGAGGGUUUGGAAUGAGGUGUUUGAAGUCAACAUACCAAACCUCUUCUAGAGAAAACACACAUUUGUGUAAUUGUACGGUUAACUCCAAAAUGUAUCCUUACAGAGAUGUAGCCCUUAUGGCAACGUCCUUAUGUGACAACUUGCCCCGGUCUCCCCUAUUAAAAGCACAUACCUCUUCAAACUCUAUAACACAUAAUGGGGCUGAACGAUUCAUCAAAAUUAAAUAGAAUUUGUGAUAGCCGCAAAGGCUGCGAUUUAAUUCAUUACAUAAAUAGUGUGCACACUCUGCUCUCUGCGCUUGUGCAGCACGGUCCUCUGUAAUGUUACACAUACUCAAAGCAGUUAUUUACAGCACUCUAGAUUAUUCCCAAAUAUGUUUGACCGCUAAAAGUUACAAUCCAAUUCUAAAGUAACCUCUAAACACACGGACAGAAGAGUGGAUGCAUUAAAAGGUAAUUGUCAAAACUCAAAGACAAACAGAAAUGUCUUCCUUCAGUGUUCGCCAAAAUAAAAGCUUCCGCCAAAAUAAAGGCCUGCAUGCAGGUUAAGAGAAUAUAACAUACAUAUCGUACUGUUUGACAACAAUAAUAAUAAUAAUAAUAGUUGUUGUUGUUGUUAAUUUUCUAUUUUGCAUUUCUAUUCAAUUUCUAUUCUAUUAUGCAUUAUUAAUGUCUCAUAAAACACCUUAUAAUAUGUUAUAACUUCUCAUAAAUUAUUGUAACUACAAUUAUAAUACAUUAUAAUACUUAUCUAUUCAUAGUUAUACUUUAGAGUAUAAUGCAUCAUAACACAACAGCAUUUAAUUUGAUCUGCAGAUGUUAUAAUGUAUUAUAAUGUAUUGUAAGGGGGGAUAAUGAUGGGCAAGGAGGAGGCGAGAACCGGCUUAACAAUAUAAAUAAAAUUUAAUUAAAUAAGACACACAUAAAGAGCAGCUGCCUGUAAUUCUCUCUCUCUCUCUCGAACUGUCGUCACCGGCCGCCGUUAUCCCUCGAGCACUCCAUCAGGCUGAUUGGGGACCGGUCGUGCAUCGUUCCAGCCCGGCCGCGCCCCCCUCCGCUCUACAUGUAUAUAUUUGUAAUCUUGUCAAUAAAAUAAAAGUACAUUAUUUAAAACAUCAAUAAGAUAUGUUUAAGUGGUAAUAAGACAUUAUAAGUCAUGCAGGAAGUUAUAAACAUUACACAUGCACAAAAUACAAAAUAAAACACAUUAAGUUUUUAAUUUUUAGAUAUUACGAAAAACACGUGUAAAGCUACAAAUUUAAAAUAUAUCAGAAAUUCGAAAUAUUUAUGUUGAUCACAUGUUGCCGAACUUCUUGGAUUUAAACACACCCAAGUAUAUAUAUAUAUAUAUAUAUAUAUAUAUAUAUAAUCAAACUGACUCUAUACUGAACUCUAUUCAAUAAACUUUAAUGUUUGUGCAUCUUAUUUUAUUAAUAACUUCCAUUAUAUAAGUUUGACUUGUAAUGUUUUAUAUGUUAUAAGUUUGUUAUAACUGUUUAUAAGACGAUAUUGAUUUUGUAACUUUAUUUAAAGCAGAUAAAGAACAUUUAUAAUAUCACGUCAUAAAGUCUUUUAACUGUUUACACUAUAAAGCAUUUAUAACAUUAACUUUAUUAACUUCUGAUGUGUUAUAACUGGAUGUUGCUUGUGUUAUAACACAUUAUACUCUAAAGUAUAACUAUGAAUAGAGGAAGUCUUAUAAUGUACUUAUAACUGUAGUUAUAAUUAUUUAUGAGAAGUUAUAACUUAUUAUAAUGCAUAUUAUGAGACAUUAUGAAUGCAGUAUAAUGUAUUUAUAAUGCCUUUAUAAUGCAUUAAAUAUAUGGGGUUCAUAGAAAGUGUUACCAAUAACUUUAAUGGGUUCUGAAAAAUAAUGAUGAAGUGGGCUGAGACCCUUUCACAAAGUCAACAGAAACAGGUACAGAGUGAACACAUAAAGGAGAUGUGAAUGUGUGUUUCUAUGUUUCACUGUAUAUUUUUGUUUUUCAUUUAGUCUGGUUGUUUUUAAGAGGAUGAAAGUGUGAAUCCUGCUUUGAACAGUAUUUGUAUUGGCAGUAGAGUGUGUUUGCCCACGACUUAAUUUUGGGAAACACUUACUUGUUGUUUGUUUGUUUGUUUUAAUAAUCAAAUUGCAGUUCAAAUAACAAUUGUAAAUAAUUUUUUUUUCCAAAACUGUCAAUUUUUUGUCCAAAUUGUUUAGCCCUAAAAUAUAAUCUAAUACACAAGUUCAGAAAAACGAUGUGUUUAUUUUCACUCUGGAAACAAAAGCAAUAUUGCACCACUUCAUUGCCAAGAAUGAAAAUGCAUUCAUGUUGAAUAUAUGUAAAUAUUUACAUUGUUUGUACAUUAGAUAUGAUACAUAGAGGCUGUUUUGCUCUUGUUUGUUUGAGACUAUGAUUAUAGCCAAGCAUUCCAGUUCAGAGUAAAGUGCAUUAUUGUUUAUGCUUGCAAUGUGUCAUACUGUAGGUAGAUUCUUCAUGGUAUAUGACAUUAUUUAAAAUGGUAAUGGUGUCAAAAUAAACUUUUUUAUUUCUACUUAACAGUGCAGUGAAGAGAUGUGCAACAGAUUAACUUUAAUAUUUUAGUAAAUGUUCUGUAGCUCAAAUUGAAGAAUUCAAUUGAAUCAAAAGCCCCGUUAUCUGGUAUUAAGAUGCGUUUUGGGCGAUCGAUCACCCGUGAACGGGCAAGCCACUGUUUACACCUGGUCGUAAUGUGUGUCUCUUUUGACCACUUGGGAAGGUCUCUGAUUUAAGGACGGCAUACAUUAAUCAUUACGUCAGUGUAUUACUACAUGAUAAUAA